AUGUCUAUUAUAACACUAAAUUCGACGUCCAGUACGAGUAUAUCACAUAAUCUUGGAAAAGCUUCCUUUUCUUUGUACUUAAAUGGAGGGGAAAAAACCUUUGCACAUAAACCAGCAGAUUCAAAUCAAAGCCAAAAUUCAUCCUCCACCACAUACGAACCUUUUCACCUUGGAAAAAAGAAAGCAGAAGACACAGAAAUCGAUGUUUUCACUGCUGAUAAAUAUUUCAACGAGGGGACAAACGAUAGCCCAAAAACCAAGGAAUUACCAAAUCAGCAGCAUAAGAAAAAAGAUCCCCUUCAACUAUUUGAUAUAAAAGAAAAAACUACGAUUCCAGCUCGAAGUAUUCAUUCUGAAUCAAGUUGGGAUAGUCGAAGCUCGUUAUUGCAUAAUAUUCCAAGAAAGCAGCAGCCCUGCAGAAAGAGAAACAAGAAGAGCUUCCUUGCCAGCAUUGGUUGCAAUUGCUUGUGUAACAACAAUAAUUCAGUCGAAAUUGACGAUUAUAGAGGCAAUAACUAUCUUAACGAGAGCAUUAGCAGCAGGGUGGAUAAUGGCAAAGAAAAACAAGAACUCGAAAAUUUUGAUAUGGUUGCUAGGAAGGAGAAGUUGAAGUGCAAAAACCUAGAUGAAAUACGAGUCAAGUUAAAGACAGAUGAUCGUUUCAGCUUCUCAGUAGUUAAUCCCAAGACUGUAAACCCAGCGGUUGAAAUGGAAUUACAAGAAGUAGAAGAUAAUUCGAUGCAAGAAUCUCUCGAAGUUUUUGGCUCCCCAAUAUUAGAGAAUGGGAGGAACUCAUCAAUACUCGAGAAAAAGUUAACCGUGUUGAAAUGGGAUACAAUUUCUCGAAGAGUGGAAGAAAUUGAAGUUCUGGCGAGUUCCAACGGAGUGUACAACAACAGCGAUAGUGAUACAAGUUCAGACUUAUUCGAGAUUGAAAGUUUGUCCAAAAAUGCCAAUUCCUUUAUUUCCAGGCAGGAAUCAGAUGGCAAUAGCAUGUCCGGCUGCUUUACCCCCACAACUUGUUAUGCACCUAGUGAAGCCAGCAUAGAGUGGAGUGUCAUCACCGCCAGUGCUGCUGAUUUAUCCGCUAUGUCAGAUACCGAAGAGCAAAGAUCAACUAUCACCGCUCCUGCAGCCACCGCCACUACAGCAUAUCCCCAGAAGACGGUACUAAAUCUGCCAAAAUGGCGUCGUCCAAGCAUUCUUUCAGGUUGUAAAAGUCAUACAGCUGUUAGAGUUGCAGGAGACGCAUUUCCAAAUGCAAGAAGGCACCACCGACCAGAGUCGUUCACGCCGGUGACAAGAUUUCACACCGAGAGACAUGCAUUUGGUUAUGUUCAUGAAGACAUAGAUGAAGCUUUAGACAUGCCAAAUAUAGGUUAUGUACAUACAUUGGUGUGGUCUGAGUCUAGUGUUGGAAAUUGA